AUGAAGCCCAGGCGGCUGCACCAGUUGUGUGGCUGGUCCAUUGCUCGCUACUUCAACAGGAAUGUGUGGCAUCUCCACAUGACUCGAAAUGAGGACCGGCUUGUCCUGGUGGAGUUUCUGGUGACCUUUGCAAGACACUUUUAUGGCAUUCUCACCCACCGGGGGAUAGAGGACCAGCUGUACAGGAGCCUGAUGGUGUGCCUCAACAGAGUCAAUCCUCCUGUGUUUCUCACAGCAAUGUUGGUGUACUGCCCCAAAGUGACAAUUGACCAGAUUGCAGUAUUGUGUGAACACAAAAAUAAUCUGUUGGGCUCAGGAGUGUACCUGUCCGAGGAUGAGUGCUUGGGAAUGUUGCAGGUGCUAGCAGAGUAUCAGAAACAACAGUCUGUGCUCAUGAACCAAGGAAAGGAGAAACUUGUUGACAGCUUCAUGCUGCCAACAACAUGCCUGGUGCUGGAGGGGAUUUCUUUUCAUGAUGCAAAUUAUUUGUCACUUCUUCUAGAGAAGAUGCCAAACCUUUCCCACAUAUCUUUGCAGCACAAUGGAACCCGAGGAGUCCUGAAAACUCUUAGUCAGCAUUGCAAACAUUUGAAAUCCCUCUGUUUCUUGGAGCCAAGCAUUGAAGCAUCUAUAAAAGAAAAGGACAUGUUUUCAGCCCUUUUUGGUAUUCCUUCCACAAAUGUUCCACGUCCAGGAAAUGUAGUGAAUAAAUUUGAAAGUGACCAAGAAUUCAGGGAAAAUUGCAAAUUUCAAUUCCCAAACCUACAAAAGCUUGAUAUUGAUGAAUUGUUCUUUGAUGAAAAUAUAAUACAUGACAUUUACAUAUUAACAUUACUUCUACAACCAAAGAUAAAAUGUUUUGGAAAACACUCAGGCCUUACAAGAAGAAUUGUAACAAACUACAAAAAAGCAUGGAGUAUUAUUAAUAACAGAUCAGAAAGUGAAGCUAUUGUGCAUUUAACUGAAGUUAAAUUUGUAGAUUCUAUGUCUGCAGUGAAUAGACGUAGUCGAGUGGAUCUGGAUUACUGGGAAGAAGCACUACCAAUGUUUGAAAACUUGACAACUGUUGAGCUGCAGAAAACUCGUUGGAAUGAAAAGGAGAUUGCAAAGUUUUGCUCAUUGCUUUCAAAUAAAGUGAGAACAUUUUCUUUAGUGGAAUUCCCACUGAGCGACAUGUCAUGUCUCAUUAACGUGACCAACCUACGGCUGACACUGACCAGACACUACUCUUUUGACAAGAUGCACAUCAUCCUGGACGGCUGCCCUAACCUCAAGACACUAAGCAUCCAUCCAACUUUCUACCAUGAAGCAGCUCGCAGACAGGUUGGUCAGGACCAACUGCAAGUGGAACAAAUGAUGGAGGAGGACCUGAAUAUCUUAGAAAGACUUAUGUUUGCUGAUGGGGAAGUUGAUGUACAGCCAGUUUUGCUUGUCCAACAAAGAGCUUUGAAUUAUGGCAAUAAUGAAGUUCGUGCUGGUGGUGAAGAAGCUUUACCAAAUGUCAGGCCAGCUUUCAGAUUAAGAGGAGUAUCCAGAAAGAAAAAGAAGCCUCAUAACCUGACAACUCUGCGCAUUGCUUCCCUCUGUGAAGCAGAACAGAAACAGACAGAGGACUUUCUGCGUGAGGUGUUGGAGCGUUUACCUAACCUGCGUAACCUGUGCCUUGGCAUGUGGAUGGGGUCGCUGAGUCAGAGGCGGCAAUAUUUGACUUGCACGGCCAACGCACUGGUCAAUGUGGUGGCAGAUAAGGAACGGAAAGAAUUACUGCUGCCACACCUAACACGGCUUUGUUGUCUUCCAACUGGGAAUGAGAUGGAGAUGUGCAGAUCACUUGCAUCCCUGGUGGAGGUACUGCCAUCCUUGCAGACCCUUGUCCUGCCUGUCCUGGACAUGUACAUGCUGUCACGAACCCUCAAGUACUUCCAGCACUCUAGUCUUGACAUUCAGUACAAGUGUGCCACAGACCAGGUGUUCUCAUACUGGGGACCUGAACACUAACAGACUACCUGACUCUCAGAAUUGAGUUUUUUUGGUGACUGACUUACUUUUCUAUUUUUUCAUUCUUUUGUUUUAUGAUAUCUUGGGUAUUUGAUGUUGGUAAAGUGUCAUGGUCACUUUCAAACAAACAAGAAUCAUUAUGUAAAAGAAAGUACAUAUAAUGAGCUUCAUAUGUACUUGUAUUCUAUGGAUCUCUAUAAAAUUACUUAAAUUACUUUGUUUUGUAUGAAUUACUGGAAAAAAAAAAAAAAAAACACUUGCCUAUGGUUUUGAACAUUACAUGCAUGAAUGCAGAUGCAUAGACCAUGGGAAGUAACCUCUUAGUAUACACUAACUAGAAUGUCUUCACAUAGUUAUUCAGUAUGUAGUGUUAUAUCUUUUGUAUAUAACAGUGAUUAAGUAUCCUAUCAGGAAGGACUCUAUGAAAGACUGUUCUUGUCAUGGGGUAACAAGUGAAUUCUGUUGACUUGGUAAUCUUGUAUUCUAUACACUGUAGUACCAGUGUGUAGGGCACAGUUAGAAGCUUGCCUUGAAUGAAGAAAGGGGUCAUAACUUUCCUGCUAUGUAUGGUUGUGCUGAAUCAGGGAUAGCUUAAGUAGAAAUUAUGCAAUUUGAAUUUCUCAUUUAUGAAAAAAAAAAACAGGAUAAACAUUGAAUUUAAAAUAUUCUUAUAUUUUUCUAAGAUGAUCACAAAAUAAAGAUUUGGAUUUA